AUGAAGGACCUCACGACGUGUGCUGGGUCCUCGAACCACUUUUUGUCGGUCAACUGGCAAAGAAGCGUUUUUCUAGAGCCCCAACUUAACAUUCCUUCGGUCUCUCGAGACGGGCGAAUCGUUCUGGACCGUGUUGUACCUCCGACACGGCAACCCUCAGGACUAUCGUUCUGCUUUACACAAAUAGAUUCACUUUCCUCUCUUUCAAUCUUUUUCCCUCUCCCUCUUCUUCUCCUCUUCGGCCAGUUGUGUGAGCUAAACCUUUACAGCCAGGACCAUUUGCCGCCUCCCGGCUGGGCCCCUUGGCUAACAAGGCACCGGCAGGCCCGGGAUAACGCCAUCUACGAUAUGAAAGCGGAUUGGCGGCGUCUCGGUCUUUCCGUCUCACCUGAGGCCGGCCGUCCCACGUCCGGGCUGUCCGCAGGCCUUGGCAACUGCGAGAUUGGCCCUGCGACUGAUGGACUCGCAGAUCUCGCCUCCUCCGUCACCACCGUCCCCAGUCUUGAUCCCGGUUCCGGCCCGGGUGCUUUGACGCACCGCUUGUCAGAGAAAGAGGUUGCGUUGCCGGGUGUACAGUUGCUCACUGAUCGAGCGGUAAGCGACCCGUCCUUUAGUGACGCUUAA